UCACUUUUAACUGUGGCUAAGGAAGGCUGCCGAAAGUUCUGGCGUAGCUGCAAAAGAUUCCAUCCGUUUAGGCGGUGUGAGAGUUUUGGUGGCUUUGCAUUGACUGGCAGCUCCUGCCUGAUUGCCGGAACGGGCAGCCACGGGAAAAUGGCUUUUUGUUCCCUCUUCCUUCUGUUCCUGCGAAGGCAUCUCCAGUUGGGUGCUGUUGGAGAGGGUAUUUUGGACCUUUGGACUGCCAGAACUUUGUUCUCGUUUUUUUUAGCAGCACGUUGUUACUUAGGGGUUUACAGAACUAAGGACACCGGAGAAGAUCGUGUGCUUGCCUCGUACUGAGAACAGCAGCUGAAUGAAUAGUCGCGGUUUCUUUGCAGCCAGUUACUCUCUGGCUACGUGAGAAUUACUUUGCUGUUUCUUACCUCCCAGCUCCGUAUUGGAACUCAGAGACUGUAGUUUUCUUAGCACAAGUCAGGCGUUUUUCCUACAGUGCACACGGGAUAACAGCAGUACUCUGGUAACUAACCAUGCACCCAUAGGGCUGCAAAACUCGUUCUGAAUGUGACUUCUGCACUUCACCUCGUUGAGCAUAGCUUCCAGUAUACAUUUAGUGUGGAUGGUACAUGUGAUGUUUUAGGUCUGCUUAACAAAGGUAAAGCACACAUGGCUCCUGGUGUCUCAAGUGAGAAGAAAACUGAUGAUGAACAGUCUUCAAAAGACAAUUUUAUCCAGCUCUGCAACCCUCACCUGGAGAAAAUGAAAGAAGACAUCCUGUACCAUUUUGCUCUUGGGACUGGUACCCAUGAUUUUCCAGCAUUGUUUGGGGAUGUAAAGUUUGUGUGUGUUGGAGGAAGUCCUUCCCGGAUGAAAGCUUUUACUGCAUACAUAGCUGAAGAGCUGGGACUUGGGAGCCCUGGCAGUGACUAUCCUAACAUCUGUGCGGGAACCGACCGUUACGCAAUGUACAAAGUGGGACCUGUUCUGUCAGUCAGUCAUGGUAUGGGCAUACCUUCUAUUUCAAUCAUGUUGCACGAGCUGAUCAAACUCUUGUAUCAUGCCAAGUGUUCCAACAUUACCAUUAUUCGCAUUGGGACCUCUGGUGGAAUAGGACUGGAGCCAGGCUCAGUGGUUAUAACUAGACAAUCUGUAGAUGCCACCUUCAAACCUCAGUUUGAACAGGUUGUUCUGGGGAAGACUGUGGUUCGCAGCACAAACCUAGACGAGCAGCUAGCUAAAGAGCUGAUGCAGUGCAGUAAAGAAAUCAACCAAUUCAACACAGUCAUUGGAAACACAAUGUGCACUUUGGAUUUCUAUGAAGGACAGGGGAGGCUGGAUGGUGCCAUCUGCUUAUAUAAUGAAGAAGAGAAACUGCUGUAUUUGAAGGAAGCUUAUGAUUCUGGUGUCAGAAACAUAGAGAUGGAGUCUUCUGUAUUUGCUGCAAUGUGUAAUCUCAGCAGUGUCAAAGCUGCUGUAGUGUGUGUCACUCUUCUGAACCGACUUGAAGGGGAUCAGAUUAGUAGCCCACACGAUGUACUUGUGGAGUAUCAGCAGAGACCACAGAAGUUAGUGGGGUAUUUCAUUAAGAAAAGUCUUGGGAAAGUAUGAAACAUCUUUGUGUGACAGAAGCAGAAGGCUUUUGCACAGCUGAAGUCGUGGUCACGACAUCUGUGCAGUGAAGGUCUUUUGCUUCAGAAUACCUUACAGCAUUCCAUGUGGCCGUGGAAGUUAAUCAUUUAUGCCACUGCUUUGGGAACUGAAUGUACUGAAUGGAGUUCAAUUAAGCUUUGCUUAGUUAUGCAUUGUUGGAUAUAUGACUUACUUUUCUGUGAAUGGGAAAGUAGAUCUGUUGUAAAGGACCAGCCUGCCAUGGUAUAUGAAGAAGCUCUACUGAUGCUUGCUGUAAAAGGAAAACUAGGGAGAAAAUAAAAUGUUGUUGGCAAGUACUUGCAAACCACCAAAUAAAAAAUGAACUUAAUGCUAAUCUAUUUCUUAUGGUUAUAAAAAUAUUACAUAAAUUAUAAUUGUCUUUGUUGCUUCACUUUGUAAGGGAAACACUAAAGUGAAUGCAGGCAGCUUGUUUUUUGCAGACUUUGACAAAUAAGCAAUACUAUUUUAAUAUAUUAAAAUCUCAUGAAAUUGCAAA